UGAGCGUCUGUCUCUCAGCAGUAGCAGGGAAGAUGGCAACUGUCGCAUCUCUCACCCAGGUGGUGAGUGGAAAUCCUGUUUAUGAGAACUUCUACAGACAGGUGGAUCCUGAAAAUACUGGCAGAGUAGGACCAACAGAAGCAGCGCUGUUUCUCAAAAGGUCUGGAUUACCUGACAGUACUUUGGGGAAGAUUUGGGAUUUGGCUGAUCCUGAAGGAAAAGGCUAUUUGGACAAACAGGGAUUUUAUGUUGCUCUCCGUUUGGUGGCCUGUGCGCAGAGUGGUCAGGAAGUCAGUGUUUCUAGCACCAACCAAACAGUCCCUCCUCCACAGUUUAAGGAUACCAGCAGUCCCUCUUUGUGCAGCACAACCUCUUUGUCUUGUGAAUUGCAGUGGGCUGUUAAGCCUGAAGAGAAGAAUACAUUUGAUGGGAUUUUUGAAAGUCUGGUGCCCAUCAACGGCCUUCUGUCAGGAGAGAAGGUCAGACCAGUCCUCAUCAAUUCCAAGCUACCUCUAGAUGUCCUUGGCAAGGUUUGGGAUUUGAGUGACAUUGAUAAAGAUGGCCAUCUGGACAAGGAUGAAUUUGCAGUGGCCAUGCACCUUGUGUAUCGGGCCUUAGAGAAGGAGGCGAUUCCCGUGCUCCUCCCCUCUUCCCUCAUUCCUCCAUCAAAGAGGAAGAAGAGCUUCUGUUCAGUGCAAUGUCCUGUUCCUGGACUACCAGCCAGCUCCCCACCACUGAAAGACUCACUACAUUCCACACCCUCUCAUGGCAGCAUGACAUCCCUCAACAGCACCGGCAGCCUGUCACCCAAACACACUCUCAAGUCAGGACCGCAUUCACUCAACUGGGUGGUGCCAUUGUCAGAACGUGGUCGCUAUGAUGACAUCUUUCUGAAGAUGGAUGCAGAUCUGGAUGGCUUUGUCAGUGGACAGGAAGUAAAGGAUAUCUUCAUUCAAUCUGGACUUUCUCAGAACAUCCUUGCACAUAUAUGGUCUUUGGCAGAUACAAGACAGAUAGGCAAACUGAACAGGGAGCAGUUUGCCCUUGCGAUGCAUCUCAUCCAUCAGAAAGUAGGCAAGGGUAUUGACCCACCCCAAGUCCUCACUGUUGACAUGAUACCUCCAUCAGAGAGAGGAACUCCCAUACCUUCAAUGUCUGGAUAUCUGACUCCAAUAGGAUCAGAGAUGGUUGCUCUGUCAGAAAUCAGAAGGGACAGCUCUAGUUCAGUGGGUUCAGGGGAGUUCAGUGGCAUCAAGGAGCUUGAUGAUAUUAGUCAGGACAUAGCCCAGUUGCACAGGGAGAAGUACACUCUGGAGCAGGAUAUUAGGGAGAUGGAAGAAGCUAUCAGACAAAAGAGUGCUGAGGUGCAGGAGAUGCAGAAUGACAUGGACAGAGAGACAACCGAUAUGCAGGAACUGGAGGUACAGAAGCAAGAUGCUCAGGACCGUUUGGAGGAGAUGGAACAGCAAAAGCAUAAAUUGGAAGAUAUGUUGAAUGAAGUACGACAGAAGUGCAAGGAAGAAUCUCAAUUGAUCUUAACUCUUCAGAGACAGAUCCAUUCUCAGGAGUCAGAUUUACAAAACCAGGAGGAAGAGCUUAGCCGAGCAAAGGCUGACUUGGACCAUCUACACCAGGAGGAGAGACAGCUGGAACAGAGCCUGGCUGCUGGCAAGAUUCAACUGGAAACCAUCAUCAUUUCACUGAAGUCGACUCAGGACGAAAUCAACCAAGCUCGCGGCAAGUUAUCCCAGAUUCAGGACUGUCAGCAGGAGAUGUCUAAAGGAAUUGAGCAGAACAGCAGCACCUUCAAUGGUACCAAUGGAGGCAGUAUGACAAACCUGGCCGACAUGAGCGAAAGCUUCAAUGACAAAGAGAGUGGAGGCUUUUCAGGUGCAGGAAAGGGAAGACAGGAAGAUAUAUUCAAAGUUAAGUCAUCAGUGUUCUACAGUCAGCCUCAAGACCUUCAAUCGGACCUUUUCAACUCUGAAGACCCAUUUAAAACAGACCCAUUCAAAGGUGACCCAUUUGAAAGUGACCCAUUUGGAAAGUCAUCAUCUACAUCGACAGAUCCCUUUGAAGGAGAUCCGUUUAAAGAAGCAGAUCCAUUCAAGGCUUCAUCAGAAGAUUUUUUUAAGAAGACUACAAAAAUGGAUCAUUUUUCCACAAUAGAUCCUUUUUGUAAAAGUGCCACUUUACCCUCCAAGCAAACAAGUCACUUUGCUGGAGGUGACCCAUUUUCUACAAACCACCAGAAACCCAGAGGAUCAGAUCUAUUCUCAACACUGGACCCCUUUGGACCCACAAACAGCUGCACUGGCUUUGCAGACUUCACCCACAUGUCAAAAGCCAGAGACCCCUUUGAAGGAAGAGCCAACUGGCUUCCAGAUUAUCAGAAGCCAGUGUUCAUAGAUGACCCUUUCACCAGGAAAACAGACAUGCCAGCCCUGCCACCUAAAAGAAGUAUACCACCAAGGUCCAAACCACCUAGCGGUACAACAACACCAGUAAGCUUGAUCGCCACAGCAGAUCCUUCCAAACCAUGUGACCCUUUCCAGCCUUUUGGUGCUGAUGUCAUAGACCAUUUCCAGGCUAAAAAAGGUGUAUGUGACCCGUUCAGUGGAAAAGAUCCCUUCAUCCCAUCAUCAGCAUCAAGUAAUGCUCCUAAAGAAUCUACCUCCGGUUUUAAAGAUGUCAGUUCUGACCUGACAAAGUCAAGUUUGGGAAUGAAGCUCAGCAACUUGAAUGGGCCAAGCGAGAGAGUGAGCGGGCAGAGCGAGAUCGACUGAAGAGGCUCAGGCAACAGGAACAGGAAGACCUGGAGCUGGCCAUUGCCCUUAGCAAGGCAGAGAUGUCUAAUGCAUGACAUCUAAAUCUAACAUGCAUCUAACUCGGAUGACAUUAUAAUAUGAACACAUCUAAACACACACACAACCUUGCACCACCAUACUUAACAAAUAGCUGCAAAACUUGUUUGGUUGCAUGACAAAAAUUGAUUUAAUAUGUGACAGGAGGAAGAGGAACUUUUGAAGGAUGUAUACAAUGUGUAUUAAUUACCACUUUAGUUCUGGAUAUCAAGACUGAUGCAGACAAAACAAUUUACUAGGAUUUGAGUCUAUAGCAGCUCUUUUUCUGGUACUUUCACAAUGUGAAAAACAGCAUGUCGGUUAACCUGGCAUUGAGCGACAAAGAAGCUAAUACAGAUGUAGAUUUGUGUCAUGGUGACAAACUGAAAGGGAGAAUGUUUUCUCCUCUAACAUUUCAUAGGAUUUGGCAUUUUUGUGCAUGAUGCCACAAAAAAGUGAUUUAACAAGGAAAUGAUCAGGUGUAAGAAAAUUAGAUGAUUACUAAUAAUCAGUAAGACAUAACCAAGAGGUGAGAUAUCAAGAUUUUAAGACUCUAAAAUCUUUAUCAGAUAUAGAGAAAUUAGGUAGAUAUUCAUUUGUUCACUCUAUUUUUGGAAUGAUUUCAAAAUAGCUUGAUAUUCCUCUGUGUGCCACGCAAAAUUAGCAUAGAAUCUCAAGCAAGACAGAAUUGUUCAGAAAUUCCAGAGACAAAAUUGCUUUUGUCUCUCUAGAGCCAAAAGCAGUUGAAAUCAGGUAUUUCCAUACAGCUGUGGAGGAAUCCAAAUCCAAAUCCCUGUUGUCCCUCCCACAGGUUAUAAGGCAAACUCAUACCUUCUGAGCCACCAUUCCCCAAUCCCAAACAUUUCCUGAUCUAGGUCUAAUGUAUUUGUAUUUGUAUUGUAUAAGAUUUUAUUCAUCAUUUCUUUUAAAUUCAAAAUUCAACAAAUAUUGUAAUAUUUGGUAGAAUUGGUGUGUAAACUAUAUACAAGGUCAAAGUUAGUAGAAUUUGUUCUGUUAGUAUGAUAAGAAUGAGGCAGGAGGUGAGGUUAACAUGUACUUUACUUCACAUCACAACUUCCACAUAUACAUUGGUUAAUAUGUUACAUGUCAAGAUAACUGUACACAUCUGUUUUCUCUUCCCCUUUUGAGGAAGACAAAAAGUAAAUAAUCCAUCAUCAGUUGAGAUUACAACUUUACAUUUUUGGGCUGAUGUUUCAGAAGUCACUUUCAUAAUUCUGCAUAAUAUUCUUCCCUCAUGUUAGUUUUUGGGAUGUGCCCAAGUUCAGCCCAUCUUUCACAUCUUUGUGACUAGAAGAUGCUAACCCAAACAGUCACAGUAUUUUUUGACUGGCUUUUAGUUGAGUAUUGAGAAAUAUAAAGAUAACAUAGAGCUGGCACUACUUUGGGAUGCUGUUCUCAGGCUUACAAGAUAAUGCAACAAUGGCAAAACACUUUGACACGGUUGGAUCAGAGAACAGAACAUGUAUCGGAUCCAAUAUCAGAGACAUGAUAUCGGAUCCAAUAUCAGAGACAUGAUAUCGGAUCCAAUAUCAGAGACAUGAUAUCGGAUCCAAUAUCAGAGACAUGAUAUUGGAUCAGAUAUGUCAAAUAAGACAUUUGUUCCAGAGCUCAAAAAAGCAAAAACAAACAAAAAAAAAACAUUCUCACUUUUCCUCAUCUCCUCAUCAGGUGGACUUUAAGCCCAUGAAUGACGGUGGUACAGAACUUGUUUUGUUGUAAAUAUACCAGCAUCUUCACAAGGGUUUUGCUUUUCUUCUGUGGUUGCAACACGUUCAUCUUUGGGACACAGAACCUAGUAUGAUGGUCGGGAUAUUUUCGUGCUGUAUGUUUGCAUUCAUGCAUUUCGUGCAUUCAUGUUUGCUGACAGAAAAUUUUCACUUUCAGGCACAUAGAAAUAAGUGAUGGAUAAACCAGACAUAGUGAGGUCCAAAAUUUUCAUAUUGUAGUAUAUGUUGAAGAAUUUUUUAGUUUUUAUCAUAAUGCUACAUUAGUAUAACAUGAGUUUGAAGUGAUACCAAUAUCCAGAAGGUGAUAUGCAGAAUAACAGCAUAGUGUGAACAGUUUUUUUAGUCUGAACUCCUGACUCUGAAAAAGUAGUAAGAAAAACUUUUUUUGAGAAAUUCUUUCUUUACUCUGGUGUUUAGCAAAUAAAAAUAAUUUUGGUUAAAAAAAAAAGCUGUUUAGUCUGAUUUAACAGAAAUUAAAAGGGGGAAAUUGUGUUGCAUCUUCUUGAAUGUAAAAUCUGAUUUCAACUGUAUAUGGAUUCCAGCUUGGCUGCCCCUGAGAACCCUCCCAGAACAAGUUGGAACAUCAAACCUGCAAACAUUUGUCAGCUGGAUCAUGCCCUUCAUCCACAGAGUGUAUGAACCCCAAUCACCACCCUGAGGAUUGCUCUCAUCCUUGCAAAGGACUCACAGGACAUCUGGGUUUCUCUACUGAACAUUAUGUGUGUGACCACACAAAAAAACGUUCCACAAGGGACUUUCCUCAAGCCUGAAAAUUUCCCUUUCACACUCCUAAGAAUUGCAUUCCAGAGUAGUUGGUAUGAUCUUUGGCACUAUUUGUUCUUUUUUUUUUUUCUCUGAGUAAGCAAAGUGUGCAUACCCUUUCAUCAGAGUUGAAAGGGUAGCGAAUCUGAUGAAUCUCAAGCAAGACAGAAUUGUUCAGAAAUUCCAAAGUACCAGAGCUCUGAUAUUUGUACCAGGAACUUAUAUUAGUUUGUUUACAUGCUGUAUAACUUAAUGCAUUGAAAUUACUACAACAAAUACUCCAGGGACUGAACAUUCCAUCUCAGGUGUUUUCAGAUUGUUAGAUAUCAGAUAGUCACAAAAGCACUAUUUUGGUGUUUUGGUGUAAUAUCAGAAAAACAUGCAACAAUAUGGUGAAUGUUGCAAUAAUGAUGUGAUUUGCAAUGAAAAUACAAAUAAGUAAACAGUAUUACCAUUUUUGGUUCAUAGCAGUACUGUAAAAUAGUGUGGUCAAAGGUAUUCAAGGGAAACAAACAAACAGCAUCAACCACAGUUCAUAGAAGGAAACUCAAAAAGUUACUUCAAAGAAAAAUCAAAGCAAUCCUUCAAAGGAAACCCUCUAAUUCAGGGGCGUCAACAUCCAGUCCUGGAGGGUCGGUGUCCUGCAACUUUUAGAUGUGCCUCUGCUGCACCACCUGAAUAGAAUAAUUAGGUGAUUAGAAAGACUCUGGAGAACAAGGAGGAGGUAAUGAAGCCAUUUCAUUCCUGUGUUUUGUACCUGUGGCACAUCUAAAAACUGCAGGACAGCGGCCCUCGAGGACUGGAGUUUUACACCCCUACUCUAAUUGGUAGAACCCAGCAACGUAAUUAAUGACAUCAUCCAGACAUUUAAGCAGGAAACACUGGGCCGACCCCUCCCAUACUCCUGCCCUGCUGCAGAACUACAAGGGACAAACAAUGGUGAAUAAAAAAGAUACCAAAUACUAUGAAUAUACUUUGAAACAAAAAUAAACAAAUUAAUCAAUAACCCAGAAGUAAUAAUUUUAACCUAAACAUACAGUAUAAAUAGAUGGAAAUUACAACAUAAUGCUAACACAAACAAACCUGGGAUAGUAAGUGAAGCAAAGUUGCAAAGUAAUGGGGAAGGGAAAUCUGCCACAACAUUCUUCUUUCCAGCUUUAUACUGAAUCUUGAAACGAUAAGGUUGCAAUGAUGGGUAACAUCUGGUGAUUCUUGCAUUGGUCUCUCUCAUUCUAUUCAUCCAGUGUAAAGCUCGGUGGUCUGUCUCAAGCACAAAUUCACCACCCAGCAGAUAAUACUUUAAAGUGUCAAGAACCAAUUUUAUUGCCAAAAGCUUCUUUUUCUAUUGUAGAGUACCUCAUUUCUCUGGGAAAGAGCUUUCGACUUAUGUAUUGCACUGGUCUUUGGUCUCCCCCAUCACCUUGCAGCAACACAGCUCCUAGCACCACUCCUGAAGCAUCGGUCCGCACAAUAAGUAGGCGUGCAAAAUCUGGACACUGCAACACAAGUUCAUUACAUAAACAGUUCUUCAGAUCUGCAAAUGGAGCCUCACAUUCUGGAGUCCAUACAAUCUUGUUGGGACAAGAUGUAUGUGUCAAGUCACUAAGAAUGGCUGGUCUCUGAAAAGUUGGGGAUGAACCGAUGGUAUCAGCCAACCAAACCUAGAAAAGAUCUUAACUUUUUCUUAGUUGUAGGAGGAGGACAAGCAGCAAGACUAUCAACAUUACUCACCUGAGGGCGGAUAACCCCACCCCCGAUGUCGUAACUCAAGUAUUCAACCUCAGUCUUGGCAAUGUGACACUUUCCAGGGUUGAUGACAAAACCCGCUGUUUUGAUUCUUUGUAGGACUUCUGUCAGAUGCUUCACAUGGUCUUUCCAUGUCUGACUGAACACCACAAUGUCAUCGAUGUAAGCUGCUGCAUAGCCAUCAGCUCCUUUUAAAACUAAGUCCAUCAUCCUUUGAAAUGUAGCAGGAGCUCCAUUAAGUCCAAAAGGCAUAGUUCUGAAACAAUAAAGUCCACUAGGAACCCUGAAAGUAGUUAAAUCCCUUGAGAACUCAGUUAGUGGAACUUGCCAAUAACAUUUACAGAGGUCAAGUGUUGUAAGGUACUUGGCAUUCCCCAAAUGCUCAAUAAGUUCAUCAACUCUUGGCAUUGGAUAAGCAUCAAAUACAGAAACAGCAUUAAGUUCUGAGAAAUCAACACAAAAUCUCUGUCUUGAGUCAUUUUUCUUGGGAACAAGCGCCACAGGGCUGCACCACUCACCUCUGGAAGGCUCUAUGAUCUCCAUAGCCAGCAUUUCUUCCACCUGCUGUUUCAGUGCAGGCACCAGUUUUGCUGGAACUCUGGAGGUCGUAUCCCUGAUAGGUGGAUGAUCAUGACUGCAAAGUCGUAUGUCAUGCUUAAUGAGAUGGAUGUAGCCUGGUUUUGUGCUGAAAAGCUCCUUUGGCAACAUAGCCAGCAGUUCCUCUUGCUGCUCUGGAGGUAGAUGGCUUACAUCUGGCAAAAGCUGCUCCCCAAAGUAAGAUGGUGGAAAUUUCUCUUGAAGCUCCUCUUCAUCGAUUACAGCUUGAGCCCACAAGUGCAUUGAUGGAACUGGAUGGUCAAUCCACUCCUUCAACAUGUUGAUUUGAAAAACUUGCUGUUUUUACGGCGAUCUGGCAAGUUGAGCUCAUAAGUAACAGGACCUACUUUUCUGUUUACGACAAAAGGCCCCUGCCACUUGGCUAAGAGGCAGCUUUCAGUAGUUGGCAAAAGUAGUAACACUUUUUGUCCUUCCUUAAAGAUCCUCCUAAGAGUUGUUUUAUCAUAGUUCUGCUUUUGACUGUGAGCCAGUUCCUGGAACUGUUCAAGCUUGUCUUUCAUUUUCAACACAAAUGAGAGUGAUGUACAGUUUUUCAGGCCCAGCCCCCUCCCAAGCCUCUUUGAGGACAUCUAGUGGACCCCUGACAGUAUGACCGUAUAAGAAUUGAAAGGGAGAAAACCCAGUAGUUGCUUGAGGUACCUCUCUAUAAGCAAAAAGCAGAAAUGGUAACCACUGAUCCCAGGCUUUCCCCGAGUCUUUUCACAAAUUUAUUCAACAUGGACUUCAGAGUUUAUUAAAACUUUCAUUGAGUCCAUUAGUUUGAGGAUGGUAGGAACUUGUUUUAAUUCCAUUAAUUCCCAAAAGUUUAUAAACUUCCUUCAAUAGGUUGGAAGUGAAGUUUGAACUUUGAUUUGUAAGAAUUUCUCUGGGAAUACCCACCUUAGAAAACAUCUGUAUUAGACAGAUGUCUUAGCUAUUUGGCGGGCUUUAAUUAUUCUUAAUGGGAAAGCUUCCGGGUACCUAGUCGCAUAAUCACACACAACUAGAAUGUAUCUAUGGCCUGAGCUACUUCUCUCCAAUGGCCCAACAAUGUCCAUAGCAAUACGAGAGAAGGGGGUGUCUAUUACCAGCAUAGGAAUAAGUGAUGCUCUGUCACUUUUCUUACUUGGAGCUAUCAACUGACACUGUGGACAUGAUUCGAAGUAUUUAACAGUAUCUGAAAACUAUUGAGGCCAGAAAAAAAAACGAUCCGACAUUCUGGAGAAUGUCAAAUCGUUUGACAUAGGGUGGGUCAUUUAGAAGGAACAGCAACCUCAGAAGAAGGUUUUAUUAUUUACUUUACACAACAAUAUAUCUGUGUAUUAUUUAGCCAUAUAUUUUUAUCCCAUGAUGAUGCAUGAUUUGAAUUUUUUGCUUUUAUUAGUUAUUAAUUGAAAUUCAAUAAAACCAGGCUUACAGUGGGUAUGGAAAGUAUUCAGAACCCUUUAAUUUUUUCACUCUUUCAUUGUAGUCAUUUUUCAUAUUAUUUCUUAGAAAAGUGCAAGUAAUUCAUGAGAUUUUUUUUUCUAUUUUGACAGAACCCCCCAGCCACAAAUGUAGAUUUAUUUUUUGUAUUAGAAAAGAAUACACAGUCAUAUCACACAGUCAUUUGCUGAGCAAAGGUCAGUAAAUACUGACCCUUUGAGCUGGUGCAGCCAUGAGUUCUUGGGAAUGAUGCCACAAACUUUUCACACCUGGAUUUGGGGAUCCUCUGCCAUUCUUCCUUGCAGUUCCUCUCCAGCUCCCUCUGGUUGGAUGGUGAACGUUGGUGGGGUCAUUUUAGGUCUCUCCAGAGAUGAGUAAUUGGAUUUAGGUCAGGGCUCUAGCUGGGCAAGUCAAAAUGGUCUCAGAGUUGUAAGGAACCAA